UUGUACACAUGAUAAACAUGUGAGAUGUGAUAAACACUCGUGUUUCUAAUUAUUUUACAAAUUAUUUAAAAUUAAUUUAAUUUCUGUACUUUAUUCAAUCAAUUUUUCUUCAUAUUUCACUCUAGUAAUCGAUAUUGUCACGAUGAAGAAAAACAAAAAUAGAAAAAUGAAGAAUAUGACCAACAAGGACAGAGUCCUCUCUAAAUUCACCACUGGCCGAACCAAGUCCAUAAAAAAAAGAAAAAACACUCUACUGUUGGAGUAUAAGCUGCAAAAUAAAGCAAAUAAAUUCUUCGACCGUCGAAUUGGAGAAAAAAAUCGUAACAUGACUGCCGAAGACAGAGUAAUGGCUCGAUUUGUUGCCCAUCGUGUGAAAACCAACAAAAAAGAAUUGUUCAAUUUGGGUGGCGACGAAGAAGUACUAACUCAUCAAGGUAGAUCGUUACAAGACGUUGAGAAAUUCGAUACACCGGUGGACGAAAGUGACGAAGAAGAAGAUGAUGGAAGAUUAGACGCCAGUUUCGUAAAAGAGGCUCAUUUCGGUGGAGGUCUAUUUACCAAAGUAACACCGGAAUCGUCCAGUCAUCAGAGCACCAUUGAUAUGUUGAUCGCUGAAUCCAAACGUAAAAAAGCCGAACGUCAGCAGACCAAAGAAGAAACGCAGAACUUGACCGAGAAAUUAGACAACGAUUUGAAAGAUCUGUUUCCUCUGGUUACCGAUUCCAAGAAAGAUGCUGAUGAAGGGUUUAAACCGAAUCAUGAACCGUACGAUGUGCUGGUUCGUGAAUUGAAAUUCGAACCGGUUGGAAGACCUAGUGAUAAAUUGAAAAGCGAAGAUCAAGUUCGUAAUGAAGAACGACAAAGGUUAGAGAAAUUGGAAAAAGAACGACUCGAGAGAAUGAAACGUACCAUUGAACCUACUGCUGAAGAUGCAGACGAACCGCCUCAGAAGAAACAUCAAAGUGCUGAUGAUUUAGAUGAUGGUCUUGAUUUGGAUGUGUUUGACGAAGAAGAUGAUGAUAACGACGAUGAAGACGAAGAUGACCAAAGUGAACAAGACGAUGAUGAUCAAAAUGAUAACGAAGAAGAAGAAAACGACGAAUCUGAAAACAGCGAAGACGAAGACGAAGAAAAAAAAGAAACUCCUUCCACUAGUAAACUAACAGAAAUCGAAAAACCACCUCUUAAAAAAAGUAAAUCAUUCGUACCAGGAAGUAUAUCAGCUCUGAAAGAAUUACUCGGCGAGAACGAUACAGAUGGCAAAAUCAAACUAAUCAAAGAGGCUGUGAAAAAUCAACAAGUUCACGCCGGUGUAUCGAAUGUUGAUCAUUUGAUGCAAUUUUUCAGAAUUUUAUUGCAGUAUCUAGACGAAUUAUUUCACGAAUCGCUUACUAAAGAAAGCUGGAUUUUCGCUAGUAAACUGACUCCUGUGUUAUUCGAUCUCGUUCAAGUAUCUGGAGAAAAUGCAGCUCAAAUUGUAUUCGAUAUAAUUAAACGAAAACACGAAGCGUUCAGCUCAGAUACCAAACAAGGAGCUACUCCGGAUAUGCUGCUUGUUUUGAAACUAGUGCCCAUAUUGUUCCCUACUUCUGAUUAUUAUCAUCCAGUUGCUACUCCAGCUACUGCUUUCUUAGCUCGUGUGAUAUCCCAGAAUUCUUGUAAAAAUGGCCAGUUCAUCGCCGAAGGAUUGUUUUUAGCUACGCUUAUGUUAGAGUAUAUUUCAUUAUCAAAUCGUUACUGCCCAGAAGCUGUAAAUUUCUUGAAAUGUGUCCUGUAUACUGCAGUUCCUAAUACUCAGGAAGCCAUUCCACCGGUCAAUUCGAAAAAUAAAAGUUUGACGUUGAAGAAAAAUUAUUCGAAGAAGAAUUUAUCGCCGGAAAAUUUACAACUAUCAUAUUCUAGCUUGAGCAGCGAAGCUGAUCUGAACGACGAAGAUAAACUCAAAUUCAUUUUCACCGCUCUAAAAUUACUCUCGGCUUAUGUAAAACAUUACGAAAGUUUUUCAGCAUCUUAUGCCAUUUGGAAACCCAUUUUGAAACAACUCGAACAGUUACCAAUCGAAACUUACCCGAAAUGCUGCUCCGACGAAGUUAGUGAAUUGAAAACUAAGAUAUCUGCCACCCUAAGUCGUCCUAUACAGUAUUUAGUUGCUCAGAGAAAACGACCAAAAGCUCUCAGAUUAUACGAACCUAAUAUUAGACAAGUAAUCGAUGGCCAGUCGUUUAGAACUACAUCUCAAGCUAAACAAGAACAUGAUAAAUUACUCCAUCAAUAUAAACGUGAAAUGAAAGGUGCCUUGAGGGAGAUACGUAAAGAUAGAAGUUUCAUUGCUCGAGUUAAAGUCUCAGAGCAAGCUCAAAAGGAUGCUGAAAGAAAAGCUAAAGUGAAACAGAUUUUGAACUGGGGCCAGGGUCAGCAAAGCGAAUUGAAACGAAUGGAACGCAAGAAUCGAUACAGACAUUGAUCUUGGAUCAUUUUGUUAUUUAUUUUUGUUUUUUGAUCAUUCGAUAUAGAAUUAUAUAUUGCGAAUUAUUUUUUAAA